UAACAGGCAUUUGGAUGCCAGGCGCGAAACGUCGAGCGUGUAAUUUUGAGCGCGCUGUACCCUCGCUGUGAGAGACCGUCAACAUCCCGUGUUUUCACGGGUUCGUGGAUUGGUAGUAACUCCGUUUAGAACAUGACGCCUGCUAUCAUGGAUGGAACAUCCCUUCUUUCUUCACAGUUUAGUAGCCGAAGCCCUGCUUUUGCUAAAAAGUUUGAAAUAUUCGGAUCUCUUAGAGUGAACGCAAAUUCGCGGACCCCAUAUACUGACGCUACUCAGUGCAAGAAACAGACAAACCAUGUGAAACGACCGAUGAACGCCUUUAUGGUAUGGAGCCAGAUGGAAAGGCGAAAGAUUUGUCAAGAACAGCCGGAUAUGCAUAAUGCUGAAAUAAGCAAAAAAUUGGGAAAAGCUUGGAAAGAACUGCCUCCUGAGGACAAAAAGCUUUAUAUAGAAGAAGCAGACCGACUUCGUGAAAUGCACUCCAAGCAAUAUCCGGAUUACAAAUACCGACCUCGUAAGAAGUCCAAGCCAAAUCCCAAAGUGGAUAAGACGAAAACCCAUAACACCGCGUCCAACUCUAUCGUCGUUCUUCAGAAUAAGCACUCUGCCGCUGGCAAGUCCUCGUCCAGAGCUAAACACGCCCGAGCAAGCAUCAACUUGUCCGCACAGCUUGGUCCAAAUUCAAAUGCUUCUAAUAUUUACCCGAAUCGUAUGAAACUUAAGCUGGCAGCGAAGGAUGUCAAAAAACUAAAGAACCGAGUCAGCAAACACGUCCCAACGCCAACUGCUCGUCUGACACCACCACCAAGCUCGCCGUCUUCUGAUGAAGGUUCGCAUUUGGAUGUAACGAACUACUAUAGUGACCAUCACAGCCUUUACAGCAAGAAACCAGUGAUCACAAUAAAGCAGGAGCCGUCCAGUACGAUUACGUCAAGCACUGUCACCAACAGCAACAGUUCUGUUUUAACCAGUUUUCCAAUAUCCAUCAAAACUGAACCAUCUUCAGAUGAGUGUGUAUCAUCUUCGAUGUCUUCUGCCAGCAGCAGUGUGAGUAAUAGUUCUGGAAUAACGAAUGAACUGUCUGAUUUGGACAUUUCUGACCUUUCUGACAUGACUUCCCUUUUGGAUAGCACUUGGGGCAAUUUUAAUCUUACGCCUAUAACCGAUAUUGAAUCAUCAACAUCACCUUUCGAUUUUCCAGAUUAUGUGAAUCCAGUAGAAUAUUCUGACCUGGGUGGAAUUGAUGACAUUUGGAGUAGCGGUUUGCUAGGAUGUGAUACUUCGAUUCUGGACUGUUAAAAAAAAAUUAUUUUUUUGAACUAGCAGUAGAAUAUCUUGUUUUCUGUGACUUUUAAUAAAUUGCCGAAGAGAAGAGGAAAGAAAUUGAAGGUAAAAGUGCUGUUUUAUUUUCAUUGAAGAUUUCACUUUUCAAAGUACUUCGCUUUUGUUCUGUUUUUAAGCUUUAAAUUCAUUGCACAAUAUAAAAAUUCUCAGGGCAUUUAAAAGAACACUGGACUUUUUCAAAAUGAGAAAAAAAUUAAUGUUCUAGUGUAGGACAGUUAAGAACAAAUGUAAGUUUUUAGGAUAAAAACUUUUACGCUUGCGUUUCUUAGAAGUAAAAAAUGACAUUUAACUUUUAAUACCUAAAGGGAUAGAAAAAUAUGCUUACAAGUGCCAUAUAAAGCCAACUAAGGUUUGAAGAGUUUUUGAAAGUGCUUUAUGUGGUUAAAGUGCAGCCGAGCCCGCCAACAAUUACAUGGUUAUUACGCGCGCACUUUAUGCACUUUUAAUAAAACUACCUUGGAUAUAUCUAAGAAAAACUUUUCUGAAAACAGCUGGUAAAAUGCGGAUCUGUAUAAAUUUUUGUGAUUGUGACUUAUGGUACUCAUUUAUGCUGUAAAUGUGUAACGCUAAUCCAGCGUAAUCAUUAACAAGUGGGAAAAGGUUAAUACGUUUUUCAUUUCUGUAGCUAUUCGGAAAAAAUAUCUAAUCAGUAAGUAAAGAUUUUUUUUUUUUAAUGUUGUAAAUAUAUUUGUUUUUGCAUUGAUGUAUGGAAUCACAGUGGGUAGUUUCAUCAGCAUUUUCUGUACUCUGUAAAAUUGUUGAAAUUCUUCUGCUUAUAUUUAAUUAGUUGUUGGCAUUGUUGCCUCAUCUCCAGUAUUUUCUAAUUAUUGAAGUCAAUAUUCUUAAAAUAUGUUACCUAUAAUUUUGUAUUGUGUGAAGUGUAAAUCUUAAGUACAUGCACACUCUGUGAUGUUAGAAGCAUUUUGUUUUCUGCUGUGGUAAACUUAUUGACUAACUGCUCAUUCAUUAAAAUUUUAAUUUUUUAGCUCAACAAUAGUAACACAUUAAAUUAUGUAUGUGCAUGUGAUUGCUGCAGAUAUUGUUGUGUACCACUGAACUCAAAAUUUAGUCAUAUUUCUUCAGUUCCUAUGUGCAGUUGUGAGUCUCUUUUGAGUUUUCUCACUGUGUUGUUAAUUUUUGUGGCCUGCAACACUUUUCAUUGUAAUUUUGUUGUUUGUUGCAGAUUUGAGCUUUUUUUAGUAGUUUUAAAGUAGUGUUUAGUGAUGUUUUUAUGAUUGUCAUAGUGGUAUGUGUCAGUAGUAUUAAAAAUUGUUAUUUUUUAGUUUCUUUUAUUGAGCAAGUUUAUUAAAAUCCACUUCUUAAAUUGUAAAUUUCUUAAUGCUGCAAAGAAGUUGGCUAAAUAUGUAUUUUUGUAAAUUUCCAGAAGUCUUGCUGUGCUUUUCCUGAUUGUAUAUAUGUAAACACUUAAAGAAUUAUAUGCAGGAAAGAAAAUAUUUAUUUAAUUUUAUAAAAAUAUUUAACAAAUUUAUUAACCAUGAAAAUUUUUAUAAUGUUUAAAAAUCAGUGUUUAAAAUUAUACUAGUACAGUGGUAUCAAAAUCAGAUUUAGAGAUUUAAAACCUUGAUUUUAUGAGGCAUUUUGUUUACAUUUUUCAUUUGAAAUGGAUAUUAUUUUCCAUAAUUAUAUUUUCCAUAAUUAGUAAAAUCUUCGUAUUCUGUUGUUAAUUAAUGCUGAAAUUUUAUAAAUUUGUGAAGAGACCAUCAGCUGUUUUUGUUGAUUAAGGUUUAACCUAAACUACUUCUUUGUAAAUUCUGUAAUUUACAGGAAUUUUAGCAAAAAUAGGGAAAAUUUCUUUUUUUUUUUUAAGUUCUUAAUAGUUGUUUUUAAUGAAUAAAAGCUUUUCACCCCCCCUUUUUUUUAAACACAGGAAAGUGGUAUGGAUCAAUAUUUUGCUUCUAGUUGUGAAAUAACAUAAUGUAAGAUAUCAUUACAGAAUUAUUACUUAUAUAAUGCUACUGUGUAUAUACGAAGUGUGGCACAGGUUCUGUUUAUCAGUUUAAAUUUUUUCUAGUUUUUAACCUGUAAACUGUUUAAUAAAUUUUGUACUAUUUAAAUUACUUCCUGCUGUAAAACUGAGCUGCGUUACUAUGAAGUUUGCCAUAAGUUUUAAAGAAUAUUUUAUUUAAAAAGUAUUGCUGUUACCAAAAAUAGUAAUUGAAUUUUAAGGUGUAACUGCCUCAGAAAUUACUACAUUUUGAGAGUUUACAAAGCAACUUUACAAUAACUACUAAUAGUUGUUUUAAUGUAGGCUGAAAACAGAACCAAGGAAUGGUGAGACAAAAUGUGUCCAAUUGCUUCACUGAUUGCAUAAAGUGUUGCAUUUGAUUCUUAAGAGGAUUAUCUGCAGGUUAGCAUGUACAAGUAAUGAUUUGUAAGCUGUUAUUACCAUAGUACAAAGUAAGCACAAAAAUAUAUGUUGAAUUUGUGUAUUAAUUUCUUUCUGAAGUUGCUACUUGUGUAUAGUCCUCCGCAUGUCUAUAUUAUAUCCUGCUGUACUGUAUGAAUAAUAUUACUUAUUGCGCAUACUGUAUCCUGCUCCAGUGUGUGGAUGUACAUGAAUAAUAUAAUUAGUUAGGAAUAUGUAUAGUUUAUACCUCAUUUGUACAGUUCUCUCAGCCUUCUGUCCAACAAGGCAUAUGAAGAAAACACCGAAGCCAAAAAGAAACCUAGACUGUAUAUUUUUUCACUCCAUAUUGCACCACAAGGUGCUGCACAUAACACUAGGGGCCAUGUGAAAGUUUUUAUAUAUUAAUUUUGAACCAUGUGCUGCACUGCAGCACACAUAGUCGAUUUUACCUCAAUACUUGUGUGUGAAGCUUGCAUGAUAAUGCUCAGAUAAUUAUUUAACCAAGAGAAUUGCCUUUAAAAUGUUCUUUAUGUAAAUAUAAUUCAUAUUAAUCAUUUUCCAUAAUAAUUUUGAUUUAUACUCUAAAGGUAGGUAUUUGUAGUAGCUUAAUAUUUUCAUGCAGCAAAAUUUGUUAAUAUUGAUAAAAGUCCUAAAUACUCGACCUUAGCAAUUUUUUAUACAUCUGUGUUUGCAUCUUAUUUCUUUCUGGUUAUAGUUGCUGGGUAUUGAAUAAAAACAUUGACUAAAACUAGUUCUAAAAUACUUAAUAAAAAGGGUUAACUAUUUAAAAUGUACAUUAAAAACAAUUCUGGAUCAGUUUUUUAAUUAAUCUGAGCAUAGGUUAAUUUUUAGCUGGAAUUGGUAUGUGAUAAUUUUUCUUUCCAGUAUUUAUUCCAUCUAAAGUCAAACCUUAUGAAUGAGAGGAUAUGUGAUUUUUUAAAACAAGCCAGAUAAGCAUUUUGUACCUAAAGGCAGGGUGUUUCUGUACAUGUGUGAAAAUGCAAUAGUAAUUUUGUACUCUGUUCUAAGGUUAAUAAUUGCAUUCUAUGUGUGCUGUUAUUGCAUUACACAUCAGUUUGCCAAUGUAGAUAUGAUGAAGAGUAAAAAUUGUUUUAUAUGAAAAUAAAACUGUGUUUUUGUUAUAA